CAUUGAAGGUCUUCAUGCUAUUGUAGUCUCAGAUAGAGAUGGCGUGCCUGUUAUCAAAGUUGCCAAUGAUAAUGCUCCAGAACAUGCACUGCGACCUGGCUUCUUGUCUACCUUUGCCCUUGCCACAGAUCAGGGCAGUAAACUAGGGCUUUCUAAAAAUAAAAGUAUCAUCUGCUAUUACAACACGUACCAGGUGGUGCAGUUCAAUCGCUUACCUUUGGUAGUGAGUUUCAUUGCUAGCAGCAAUGCCAAUACUGGGCUGAUUGUAAGUUUAGAGAAGGAGCUCACGCCCCUGUUUGAAGAACUGAGGCAGGUGGUUGAAGUUUCUUAACCUGAUGGUGCGGCUGGAGUGCAGCAUCCCUCUGCAGCCCAGUGGACAGAAAGAUUCAAUAAUCCUCAGUCAAAUAACACGUCCCGGAAGAAAUACCGCAGCUCCUUAGUAUACUAAGUAAGAGUAAAUUGUACAUAGUACUGAAUCUGAAAUGAUCUACUAGUGUGUUGUAGGUGGAUGUUACUUUAGGCCAUGCUUCUUGUAUUGUGCAGUACUGGAGAGACCACCAAACUAGCUCCCAUGGAGUUCUGCUCAGCCGUCAGCACGAUGCCCUUGGCUCAAAUGAGCAACCCACAGCUCUUUGCUUUACAGGGAACCAGGCUUGCAGUGGGGUGUAUCCUCAGGCCAGCUGCCACUGCCUCUCGGAAAGGAGAUUGGUUGUAUAGUGUCAUCAAAGAUGUGUUUGAAAGAGCGUUGUGACAGCGAGUUUACUAGCAGUGGCGUGUUGGUACAAUCAAUAAAUACCCCAGCUUGGGUGAUAAUUUUGGCAAGGGAAUGCUACUACUCUGGAUGCUACCUGCAUCCUGCUUCCACUAAGAAAAAUGCUAUUUCUAUGAAAGCUGUUUCUAUAGAGGUUUUCCUGAUUCCCAGAUAAAAGCGUCCAAACAGCAUCUCACUUCUUCAUGGUUUUUGUUUUGGGGGGCUUUUUGUGUGUAAUACAGUUGUGGAGAUCUCAUGUCUCAGUCUUUGUGUGGGUUCACCACUAGUGACACUCUCGGCUCACUUACCCUUAGGUUUUCCUAAGUAAACAAAUAUAAAUAAAAUACAGUAUUUUUAAAUGACA